AUGAAUGCGUAUGGACAGCACUCCUCUACCCCCCAGCCAGGGUACACCUAUGCCCAGGACUUGGAUAAAGCACUUUACUGUGACAACUUCAACCUCUAUCCGCAGAGCCUGUACCAGCCACAGAAGACAGCUGCCCACACGCCGGCAUAUGGUGGCAUCAGUGACUACCCACCUCCAAAUGGCAGCGCAUACUGGUGGCUCAACAGUUCGACCAUCAGCCCCUCUCCUUACCUGAAUGGUGGUGGAUCUCAUUGCUAUGGGGGCAGCCAGGCUCAGGUGGUGCCAGCUCCGCCUGGGUACAGUCCAGCAGAGGUGCCAUGGCUCUCCUACCCUAACCAGGAGGAACUGAUCCAGAUGGUGCGACCACCCUACUCCUACUCUGCCCUGAUCGCCAUGGCCCUCCAGAACAGUCCAGACAAGAGGCUCACCCUCAGCCAGAUCUACAGCUAUGUGGUUGAGAACUUUCCUUUCUACAGGAAGAGCAAAGCUGGCUGGCAGAACUCCAUCAGGCACAACCUGUCCCUAAAUGACUGCUUCAAGAAGGUGGCAAGGGAUGACAAUGACCCAGGGAAGGGCUGUUACUGGACGCUGGAUCCAAACUGUGAGAAGAUGUUUGAUAAAGGAACAUUCAGGCGGAAGAGGAAGAAGAAGUGUGAUGGAAUUACUGGUCAAGUGAUGGAACUCAAUGAAAAGAUGAACACCAAGAAUAGUCCAAAAUCCCAAAGGUCAGGCAGCCUUGGGGGACAUUCCGACAUCAAGGUCAAGUCUUCUCCUGAGUUGUCUCCACCCUUGGACACAAGUCAGUGUCUCACCAGCUUCACAUCUGCCAUGAUGGGCAGCUGGCCCUCUGUGACGAUCUCUGGGGACUUCUCACCCUCCAAGUGCUAUUUUACCGGACUGGCCACUUACCCAAUCGGUAACAACUCCGUGCAGCUUGGGGAUGCCAACUUCCGACCCCACUUACCCAACCAAUCAAAGCAACCUGUGUUCUUCUCUUGUGGGUCCUCUCCAGACUCGUCACAUGCUCUAUAA